UCUUCCUCCUCCUCCUCCGCCGAGCUGCCCUACUUUUGUCCUCGCUGUGGUGACGAGUGUCGGUUCUCGUCCGUACCUGAGCUCCGCGCUCACCUGGUCAGCCGACACACCUACGAGACCCUGCUGGUGCUUUCACAGACUCGGGUUAGAAGCUCCAGACCUGGGACUCUCCUCCCACUCCCCAGCCCUGCUGUGUCCCAGAAACAGAGCUCUUCUCUGGACAUGGAGCCCCACAGCCUCCCCCUGCCGCUGGCCUGCCUGGAUCUGGCCUCGUCCUCUGCUUCCGUUCAUCUGCUCAGGGAAAUGUUUGGCCCGUCAGAUCGUGCUCUUCCUGCCUCCUCAGGACUUACAGAGGACCCCUCCACUGCUCUGGCUCUCCCCGGCUCUUUGGAGCCAUUUCCUGGGAAGAAACUGGGCGAGCUGGGAGUCCAGCUGGGCCUGGAGUUUGGGCUGUCAGUGGGGAUCGGGCUGGAGGAGAGGCUCGGGCUGGGGCUGGAUCGGAAAAUUGCCCGGACCUUUGCAGAGGUGGAGGAGAGGGUGAACCGGCGAAUGGGCCGACUGAGAGUGGAGCUGCAGAGGAGGGAUACAGAGCUGGAGAGAGAGAAGAGAGACGGAGAGCGACUGAGGAGAGAGAAACAGGAAGUGGAGGAGAGGGCGACGUUCCUGUUCAGACAGGUCUCUGCUGCCAUGGAGAUGAUGCAGAGACUAAAGAACGACCUGGAGGGAAAAGAAAAGAAGCUGAUUGAACGACAACAGGAGAUGGUGGACAUCGAGCAUUUCCUGAGAGAGACGGCAGAGAAAGAAGCUGCAGCCAAAUCCAGACUGCAGGUUUUCAUCGAGACGUUGUUGGAGCGCGCCGACCGAGCGGAGCGACACUUACUGCUGCUCAGCUCUGACACACACCAACACAACCACCACUACACACACCGCCACGACAAACACACACACCCGGACGCGUACGCCGACCCGUACGCCCCCGCGCCCGGUCGAGGAGGACGCAGUCUGGACGGCAGCACCGACGACAUCAUCACGAACAAGAUGCAGGGAACGUUCAGCAACCGGAGGAGUUACAGUGUUUCAGGCUCCUACAGACUGGGAGAGCAGCUGUACAGCCACCAUCACUACAGGCCUGGGGAGGGAGGAUGGGGGAGUACGUGGAGUAAGAGAGGCCGACGUCACUACAGCACAGAGGAAGAAGAAGAAGAAGAGGAGGAGGAAGACGACGACGACGACGAUGAAGAUGAGGAGGGUUUAUGGAGCAGCAAUGAGAUGAAGAGGCUCGUCUUUGCCAGGACUCACACACCUGGAUCGGACAUCCUCUCCUCCCUCAACUCCACCCCCUCCCGUUGUCACGGUAACCGUCAGCUGGGUGCUGACACCCUGAGGCUGAGGGCGGGGCUCUUCUGCGUCUUCCCGUAUUUGGACGUGCGCUCGUUGCUGCGUGCGGCCGAGGUUUGCUCCGAUUGGCGGUUCGUCGCUCGUCACCCGGCGGUCUGGACGCGACUCCGCCUGGAGAACGCCAGAGUGUCAUCGGAGUUCCUGACCACCCUUUCUCAGUGGUGCACUCAGACUCAGUUGGUGGUUCUCGACAACCUGAAACCUCGAAGCAGACGAGCCGAUGAGACGCGAGAGGAUUACCACAGAAACACACGAGGCAGUGUGGAGCCGGGGGUGGAGGCCCUCCUGAGGUCAGCAGGUGGCAGUCUGCUCCACCUGUCCGUGACUCAGUGUCCUCACAUCCUCACCGACAGGACGAUGUGGCUCGCCAGCUGCUACUGUAGGAACCUGAACACUCUGACGUACAGGAGUUCUUCAGACCCUCUCGGUCAUGAGGUCCUCUGGGCUCUGGGUGCAGGCUGCAGGAACCUCAGCAGCCUGCAGGUGGCGCCGGCUCACCCCUGCCAACAGCCGACUCGUUUCGGAAACCGUUGCCUGCAGACGAUUGGUCGAUGCUGGCCCCUCCUCCGCUCGCUGUGUGUGGGCGGAGGCGGCUGUGGCACUCAGGGAUUGGCUGCUGUCGUGCGUAGCUGUGCUCACCUCCAGAUGUUGGAGUUGGAGCGUAUUACCGACCUCGGCCUGCAGGCGGCGACAGAGAUCUGCAAAGUUGGUCUGGAGAGUCUGGAGACGCUGAUCCUGACACACACACCCGUCAGCGGACAAGCCAUCCUGCACUUCCACAGUGUGUGUGAGAACAUCAGGUCCAUCGUGGUCGAGGUCUCGGUGGCUGAUUACUUUGAGGAGCCGGACUCUCAGGAAGCUCAACACCUGUUUGGAGAGAUCGUCGGCACUCUGAGGGUUCUUCAGAAGCGUCCCGGCUUGUGUGACGUCCUGCAGAUUAAAGCUGAUGGAUACUGCUGA